AUGGCCUCUAAAGCUCCUGCCAAAUGCUGCAUCACUGCUAGUUUCCACGAAGGAACCCCAAAGGGAAAACACGUUCCUCUCUGCGGAUUGGACACUUAUGUUUCUGGAGAUGCUUCUGAUCGGGUCAUUGUGAUCUUUACUGAUGUCUUUGGCCACAAGCUUAACAACACUUUGUUGAUUGCCGAUGAAAUGGCCAAGUCUGGCUACAAAGUUUUGAUUCCAGACAUUUUGAACAACGAUCCAUUUGAUGCCAAUGCUGAUUUGCUGGCCUUGGGAGCGUGGAUCCCAAAGCACACGAACGAAAUCAUCAAGCCCCAGGUGGAUGCGUAUAUGGAAGCUUUGAAGAAGGACUUGAAGCCAAAGUUCAUCGGAGUUAUCGGCUAUUGUUUUGGCGCUCCUUUUGCUGCUCAACAGAUUUCUGUUUCAGGAUAUGCCGAUGCCGGUGCCAUUGCCCAUCCUUCUCGUGUGUCAAUGGAGGAGGUUGCUGCCAUCAAGAAGCCAAUCAUCAUCUCUGCCGCAGAAGUGGACCCAGUUUUCCCAGUCGAGUUGAGACACGAGACCGAAAAGAAAUUGACCGAAAUUGGUGCUAGAUAUCAAAUCGACUUGUUUUCGGGAGUUUCCCACGGCUAUGCUGUCAGAGGUGAUAUUCUGGACCCAGUAGUGAAGUACGCCAAGGAAAAGACUUUGAUUGACCAGAUCAUGUUUUUCGAUUUGUUUUGA